GCACCCCAUGUUAGUCAUUGCAGUAAAACAAGAUGGGUUUUUUGCAAAUUUUUCGUCAAAUUACGGUUGAACCGGUGCUUUUUGCCUUUAUGCUCUGUACUUUCCUUAAAAUGCCUGUAAGCCAGCAGCUUAUAUUUCGAAAAACGUGCAUUUCACUGUACAACGAAUCGUUUUGCGAACACAACUUCACGAGCAGGUCAUGUGGAGAGAGUUUGAGUGACGAAGAAAUUGCCGUUCAAAAGUCAAGUUCCCAAUGGAUAUUUUAUAACACGCUUGCUUACGAACUUCCGUCUAUCGUGACCUCACUUCUUCUGGGUUCCUGGUCUGAUAAAUUUGGUAGAAAGUUUGCAAUAUUGCUCCCACUUGUUGGCCUUGGACUUGAAGCCAUAUCGGGCCUGGUCAAUGCUCAUUUUUUUAGUGCAUCACCAGUAUAUUUACUCUUUGGUAAUAUACUCUCUGGCAUGUUUGGUGGUUUUAGUACAAUCCUCAUGGCAUUAUUUUCAUAUAUUGCGGAUAUUACAAAAGAUAAAAGAGAGAGAACAUUAAGAAUUGGUCUUCUGGAAUCGAUGACAUUUUUUGGUGGGGCUACUGGUGAACUAAUUAGUGGUGUACUUAUUGAAAAACUUGGUUUCAUAGCACCAUAUAUUGUAAUUUUAUCAUUAGUUGUAAUAACAACAAUUUAUGUUGUUUUGGUGCUAAAAGAGUCAUACUUUCCUAACCAACAAUCCAGGUUCUUCUCAACCGAAUCAUUCCUUGGUAGUUUAAAAGUAUGGGUCAAGAAUCGUCCAGGAAAAAGAAGAUUGCAGCUUAUAUUGCUACUGCUGAUUGGGUUUUUUGCACCAUUUAUAGUUUUAACUGGUACCAAUGACGUUAUCAUUCUAUUUCUUCUUCGCCGUCCAUUCUGUUUCUCCUCCCCCAUGAUUGGCUACUUCCUUGCAGUUUCAUUGGGUGUUAGAUGUUUUGGUGUUUUAUUUGGAAUGCCAAUUCUGAUUCGUAUGUUCAAACUCUCAGACACAACCAUUGUGUGUGCUGGAAUCAUCACCAAUAUUGCCAGUACUGUGUUUAUAGCAUUCACAACUAAAACAUGGCAAGCCUUCCUUGCAAUUUCUUCUGGUAUCUUCAAUGGGGUCAUCAUUCCUACCGUACGGGCAAUGAUGUCUAAGUUGGUUGACAGCGAUGAACAAGGAAGUCUUUUUGCGGUCAUAGCCAGUGCCUCCGCAAUCUCAACACUGAUUGCCUCGCUCAUAUUCAACAAUAUUUAUAAACUGACUGUUUCCACAUUACCUGGACUAUGUUUCCUACUUAUGGCUGGAUUGUUAAUAUUCCCUCUAUUCCUGAUGAUAUACCUCCGUAUAUCUGACAAGUCACCAAGCUUAGUGUUAGAAGUGAACAAUGACGAUGCUUUGAUUGAUUCAGAGGAAAGUACUACUUGAUAAAGAUAAGUCACUGC